AUGGAGACCGGCGCCGGCCCAUAUCCGCUGCGCCUGUUCGUCUGCCUGAUGCCGCUCUGUCUGGCGUUGCUUUUGGGACCAGGGAGGCCCGGGACCGCUGAGGAAGUUAUCCUCCUGGAUUCCAAAGCUUCCCAGGCUGAGCUGGGCUGGACUGCACUGCCAAGUAAUGGGUGGGAGGAGAUCAGCGGCGUGGACGAGCAUGACCGUCCCAUCCGCACAUAUCAGGUGUGCAACGUGCUGGAGCCCAACCAGGACAACUGGUUGCAAACUGGCUGGAUCAGCCGUGGCCGCGGGCAGCGCAUCUUCGUGGAGCUGCAGUUCACGCUGCGCGACUGCAGCAGCAUCCCGGGCGCCGCCGGCACCUGCAAGGAGACUUUCAACGUCUACUACCUGGAAACAGAGGCUGACCUGGGUCGCGGGCGUCUCCGAGCAGGUGGCAGCCGGCCCCGCAAGAUCGAUACAAUCGCGGCGGAUGAGAGCUUCACGCAGGGCGACCUGGGCGAGCGCAAGAUGAAGCUGAACACAGAAGUGCGAGAGAUCGGUCCGCUCAGCCGGCGGGGUUUCCACCUGGCCUUUCAGGACGUGGGCGCAUGCGUGGCGCUGGUCUCCGUGCGCGUCUACUACAAUCAGUGCCGCGCCACGGUGCGGGGCCUGGCAGCGUUCCCGGCCACCGCGGCCGAGAGCGCCUUCUCCACGCUGGUGGAGGUGACGGGAACGUGCGUGGCGCACUCAGAAGGGGAGCCCGGCCGCCCCCCGCGCAUGCACUGUGGCGCUGAUGGUGAGUGGCUGGUGCCCGUGGGCCGCUGCAGCUGCAGUGCGGGAUUCCAGGAACGUGGUGACAUCUGUGAAGCCUGUCCCCCAGGGUUUUACAAGUUGUCCUCGCGCCGGCUGCUCUGUUCCCCGUGCCCAGAGCACAGCUGGGCCCUGGAAAACGCCUCCACCUUCUGCGUGUGCCAGGACAGCUACGCCCGCUCGCCCACCGACCCGCCCUCGGCCUCCUGCACCCGGCCGCCGUCGGCGCCGCGGGACCUGCAGUACAGCCUGAGCCGCUCGCCGCUGGCGCUGAGGCUGCGCUGGCUGCCGCCGGCCGACUCGGGCGGCCGCUCGGACGUCACGUACUCGCUGCUGUGCCUGCGCUGCGGCCGCGAGGGCCCGGGAGGCGCGUGCGAGCCGUGCGGGCCGCGGGUGGCCUUCGUGCCGCGCCAGGCCGGGCUGCGGGAGCGCGCCGCCACGCUGCUCCACCUGCGGCCCGGGGCGCGCUACACCGUGCGCGUGGCGGCGCUCAACGGCGUGUCGGGCCCUGCUGCCGCCGCGGGAGCCACCUACGCGCAGGUCACCGUGUCCACGGGGCCCGGGGCGCCCUGGGAGGAGGAUGAGAUCCGCAGGGACCGAGUGGAGCCCCAGAGUGUGUCUCUGUCGUGGCGGGAGCCCAUCCCCGUCGGAGCUCCGGGGGCCAAUGGCACGGAGUACGAGAUCCGGUACUACGAGAAGGGUCAGAGUGAGCAGACUUACUCCACGGUGAAGACAGGGGCACCUGCGGUCACUGUCACCAACCUGAAGCCGGCUACCCGCUACGUCUUUCAGAUCCGGGCGGCUUCCCCAGGACCCUCCUGGGAGACCCAGAGUUUCAAUCCCUCCAUUGAAGUGCAGACCCCAGGGGAGGCUGCCUCAGGGUCCAGAGACCACAACCCUGCGGUGGUCGUCACCGUGGUGACCGUCUCAGCCCUCCUCGUCCUGGGCUCCGUGAUGAGCGUGCUGGCCAUGUGGAGGAGGCCCUGCCCCUAUGGCAAAGGAGGUCAGGACGCCCACGAUGAGGAGGAGCUGUAUUUCCACUUCAAAGUCCCAACGCGCCGCACAUUCCUAGACCCCCAGAGCUGUGGGGACCCUCUACAGGCUGUUCAUCUGUUUGCCAAGGAGUUGGAUGCAAAAACCGUCACCCUGGAGAGGAGCCUCGGAGCAGGGCGGUUCGGGGAGCUGUCCCUCGGCUGCCUGCAGCUCCCUGGCCGCCAGGAACUCCCCGUGGCCGUGCACAUGCUCAGGGAUGGCUGCUCUGACUCCCAGAGGCUCAGCUUCCUGGCUGAGGCCCUCACCGUGGGCCAGUUUGACCACAGCCAUAUCGUGAGGCUGGAGGGUGUGGUCACCCGAGGAAGCACCUUGAUGAUUGUCACUGAGUACAUGAGCCACGGGGCCCUGGAUGGCUUCCUGCGGCGUCAUGAAGGCCAGCUGGCGGCCGGGCAGCUGUUGGGGCUGCUGCCCGGGCUGGCGUCAGCCAUGAAGUAUCUAUCAGAAAUGGGCUACGUUCACCGGGGCCUGGCGGCCCGCCGUGUGCUGGUCAGCAGCAGCCUUAUCUGCAAGAUCUCUGGCUUUGGGCGGGGUCCCCGAGACCGAGCAGAGGCCGUCUAUACCACCAUGAGCGGCCGGAGCCCAGCGCUGUGGGCUGCCCCUGAGACCCUUCAGUUCGGACACUUCAGCUCUGCCAGUGACGUGUGGAGCUUCGGUGUCGUCAUGUGGGAGCUGAUGGCCUUUGGGGAGCGGCCCUACUGGGACAUGUCUGGCCAAGACGUGAUCAAGGCGGUGGAGGACGGCUUCCGGCUGCCCCCGCCCAGGAAUUGCCCCGCCCCCCUACACCGGCUGAUGCUUGACUGCUGGCAGAAGGACCCUAGCGAGCGGCCCAGGUUCUCCCAGAUCCACAGCCUCCUGAGCAAGAUGGUACAGGACCCAGAGCCUUCGAAGUGUGCCACAGCCAACUCUCCCAGGCCCCCCACCCCCCUGGCGGACCGCGCCUUCUCUGCCUUCCCAUCCUUCGGCUCCGUGGGUGCAUGGCUGGAGGCCCUGGACCUGGGCCGCUACAAGGACAGCUUCACUGCCGGUGGCUACGGGAGCCUGGAGGCCGUGGCUGCCAUGGCCGCCCAGGACCUGGUAAACCUGGGCAUCUCGUCGGCAGAACAUCGAGAAGCCCUCCUCAGCGGGAUCAGCGCCCUGCGGGCAUGUGUGCUCCAGCUGCAGGGUCAGGGGGUGCAGGUGUGA